GUGGCCGCCGUGGCGGCCGCCGCGGGCAUCGACCCGAGUGAGAUGGCCGGCCACCCGCAGGCCGAGCAGGUCCGUGCGCCCAUCGCGUCCUUUGAGGACGACCAGAUCAUCAACCCGGAGUACGAGUCCCGGCGUGUGCAGGCCGCGAUCCAGGCCGACAAGGCCGCCAUGCACAAGCGGAUGAGCUUCGACCGGGACGAAGACGUUGCUGGGGCCGGCGCCGGCGACAGCGCGGCCGCGGCCUCCGACGCCCCCGCGAGGCUCCCCUCCAGCGAGGCGAUCAACCAGCUCUUCGCUCCACCCUCGUAUAACGAGACCGGGACCUUCUACGACACCAUAUCGAAGGCGGUUGUCGAGAAGAAGUGGGUGCUGGUCAACAUCCAGCAGGCUGAGGUGUUCGCGUCCCACACGCUGAACCGCGACGUUUGGCGGGACGAGACGAUCCAGGACACGGUGGAGGGGUCGUUCCUCUUUUGGCAGAGGGACGACAAGUCCACCGAGGGCCAGCAGUUCUGCCAGUACUACCAGUGCGGGCACCAGCUGCCGCACAUCUGCGUAGUCGACCCCCGGACGAAGCGCCGGGUGAAGUGCUGGGACGGCCGCAAGUGGGUGGAGUCCCAUGCUGCCGCGGAGUACCUGUUCGGUUUCCUCGACCAGUUCUCGAUGGACGUGCACGCCUGCCGCGGCUCCCCGGAGGUUUCUGAGGACCUCCAGGCAAUUGUGCCUCGAGACAUCUGCGACCGGGCCCAGGCCCAGGCCGGCGGCGCCAAGCCGGCGUACAAGGUGCCCGAUAUCCAGGGCCCAUCGCAUACCGAGGCGUUCUAUGCGACCACCGCCGGUGGCUACAGCGGCGCCUGGAACGACGCCACCGCCGCCGCGAUCGCGGGGCAGCUCGGCGACUGUCCGACCAUCUCCGAGGUCCUGGCCAUGAGGGGCCAGAGGCUGAAGCCGAUCAAGCCGCUGGUCAACACCGGGAUCUCCGUUUUGGCCAAGCAGGUCGAUGAAGCGAGGGAGGCUCGGCUGGCCGAGAAGGUGCUCUCGGCCGACGUGAUCCCGAAGAAGUUCCCGGCCCAGGCCAGCGAGUUCAACUAUCCGAAGUCGGCCAAGAGAGGCGCGGACAACCCGCUCUACCAGACUGCCUCGCAGGCGAUCGGCAAGGAUCGACGCCCCUGGACCACCAGAUCUCCGACCGCUACUUCCCGGGCAGGAACGACUUCACCAAGGGAUUUGUCGACCUGCGGCCCCGGAGAACACGAGCCUGAACACCAGCAGCAACCCCUCGAGGGUGCACAAGGCCUUUGA